UCGGGCAUUUUAUAUAUAAAUUAAUAUACCAUAAAAUUAAAACUAUAUUUGUAUUCUGUAUAAUAACCGUAACUGUCCUUUAUUCUGGUUUUUUCAAGCUCUUAAAUUUAAAAUAAAAUUAUGCAAAUUAUAAAAAAAAAAAAAAUACAAAUUAAAAAGACUGUGCUCCUUUUAAUAACCUUCAUGGACUGACCAUAGAAUAAUAUUGAGGGGGUAUAUUGAUGGGACUGACUAACCAUACUAACUUCCGUUAACGACGUCAUUAACGGUAAUUCACAGAAGUGAGGUUAGAAUCCAAAAUUUGAAUUUGAAAAUUCAAAACAAAACUUGUUUACAUUUUGAAUUAUUACCAGAGUUAAUAAAAUAAAAGAAAACCGACCGUUUUUGUGAUAAAAACUCGUAAAAAUGCCUCCCAAACCAAAACAGACUAAACAGAAAGCAAAGGACGGCGGUGUAACAGCAGAUCAGGCCGAACACGCACAAAAUGUAGUAAAGGACUACUGGCCCUACUACCCAAUAACUCGAGAGAACAUCAUGCAACCCACAAAAGAGUUUGUUAUGAAUCUAUAUGAAGAAUGCGUUAAGGAUAUCGAAAAAAAACUAUCCUUCCUAAACAGAAAUUAUGUGGCUCCUCGCUACCCACCUAACUUUGAUCCAGAACAAAUUCUAUUUGAUAAGCUCUCAAGAAACAUUCCCUUGCUACAAAAUUCCGGUUUUCGCCUGGGAGACUUAUACGUAUUCGACCCAAAACGACUAAGAUGGCAAAUUUUGCUUAUGAUGCAUUUCCUUAUGACAACUGAGAAUCGAAUGGACCAAGUCGCUGUACUCUCUGGUGAAGUAUUCGAUUGCCAUGAGAUGCUACAGACAAGCAAGGAGAAGAUUAAGGAGCAAAAGGAGCUUAAGAGUGAGAGAAUGAGUCAGGUUACUUUAGCAAAAAAAGAACAUGAGACAUUGCAAGAAGCAGCUGUGCCUAUAAAUGCCAAUUAUGAAAAAACUUUGAAGGCAAUAGAGGAAACAGAUAAAAAGUGUACUGGAUUAGUUUUGGAGGUUGAACGGCUAAAAUCUCAAAUAGACAAUUUUCAAGAAGAAAUUGAAAAAUACGAAAAAACUGAAAGCGAAUUAAAAACCCAAGUGGUAACUCAAGAAGAGUACGAUCAUUUGAAAACCAUCCAGGAUUGUUUAGUGAAAGACCUGGAAAAAUUGGAAGAAAAUUGCAGUAUGAACGGCUUGUUGGAACUAAAAACCAACUUUGAAUAUUUAGGAAAGUGCUCGCAAGAAUUACAGCAUUUGGACUUACCAGAGGAACUUUUAAAGUUGUCAAGCUCCCGGGACCAACUGAAAAGGGAACAGAAUGACCUAACCUACGCACUAACAACAAACAAUACCAGCAAAGCAGAAAUUAAGAAGCUGGAGCUAGAACUGGAACAGCAAAAGCAAAAACUCACUCAGGAUAUUAAAUCUCUGCAGAAUGAGCUACAGAUAUUAACUGAUGACGCCAUGCUAAAAGAGAAAGAAUUAAAAAUGUCUUAUCAGGAGGAAGAGGGAAACCUUAAUAACCAAAUCGAUCAACUCCAAGAGGGUUUAAGGAAAUUAGGAGCUGAUUUCGUUAAAUUAAAGCAGGGAAUAAUAAACAAUGUUAAAAUGUAUUUGGAUAUGAAAGAUGCCCUGUUGAAUACUUUAAAAGAUUAACUUUUAGGGUGUUUCUCUUCAAUGUUAUGAUCUUGCUGGUGUAAAAGUUUAUAAUAUUUUUGGUACUUGCUAAGUUAAUGUCUUAUAUAUUAGUAAAAAAUUGCAGAUUAUGUGGAUUCUAAGGUAAAAUAGAUGUAAUAACUCUAUAGUCUA